CUGCCCUUCUCCAAGAUGGCGGCGCGGGCUUCGCCCCGCUCCAAGAUGGCGUUGGGGCGGCCACGCCCCGCGGCGGCGGAGCGGGGCGGCGGUGCCGGGGGCGGCCGCGGUGUCCUUGCGGCGGGCCGGGGGCCUGGGGCGCGGGGCCAUGCUCGCCUUGGUGGCCAGGGCUGCGGUGGAAGAGGAGACCCAGACAGGCCGAGGGAGAGGUUUACGGUCUUUUCUGUCCUCCCAGCCAUGGAUAGGAAGCAGGAGCAAGCAGAGAAGGCCAGGCCCUGUGGCCUGCUGAAGCCGACAGCAUCUCUAGGCAAGAUCCUGGGCAGAAUCCAGCUCCACCAGGAAGCACUGCCCCACCUGCCCGUGCCACCACUCCAGCAGACCCUGGACAGGUACCUGCUGACCCUGCAGCCCAUAUUGAGCCAGGAGGAGCUGAACCACACGCAGGAGCUGGUGGCCGAGUUCCGCAAGCCGGGAGGCGUCGGGGAGCGGCUGCAGAAGGGCCUGGAGAGAAGAGCCAAGAAAACAGAGAACUGGCUCUCAGACUGGUGGCUGAAGACGGCUUACCUGGAAUAUCGCCUGCCAGUUGUGGUCCACUCCAGCCCAGGUGUGGUUUUACCCAAGCAGGAUUUUCUGGAUCGACAAGGUCAGCUCAGGUUUGCUGCCAAGCUGAUCGAGGGCAUCCUGGAUUUCAAGUCCAUGAUUGACAAUGAGACCCUUCCAGUGGAGUACAUGGGUGGGAAGCCCCUCUGCAUGAACCAGUACUACCAGAUCCUCUCCUCCUGCCGCAUUCCCGGGCCCAAGCGGGACUCCAUUGUCAACUAUGCCAAAGGCAACAAGCAGUCCAGGCACAUCACAGUGGUUCACAACUUCCAGUUCUUUGAGCUGGAUGUUUACAACAGUGAUGGAUCUCCCCUGACUGCCGAGCAGCUCUUCAUCCAGCUGGAGAAGAUAUGGAACACCUCCCUCCAAACAAACAAAGAACCUAUUGGGAUCCUCACCACCAACCACCGAAACAGCUGGGCAAAAGCCUACAACAACCUCCUGAAAGACAAGACCAACAAGGAGUCUGUGCGUGCCAUUGAGAAGAGCAUCUGCACGGUGUGCCUCGAUGCCCCCAUGCCCCGGGUGUCCGAGGACAUCUACAACAGCCGCGUGGCCGCGCAGAUGCUGCACGGCGGCGGCAGCCGCUGGAACAGCGGCAACCGCUGGUUCGACAAGACCCUGCAGUUCAUCAUUGCUGAAGAUGGCUCCUGCGGUCUCGUGUAUGAACAUGCUCCCUCUGAAGGUCCUCCCAUCGUUGCUCUUCUGGAUCAUGUCGUGGAGUUCACGAAGAAACCCGAGAAGGCCAGAUCACCAACGGUUCCUCUGCCAAUGCCCAAAAAGCUGCGGUUUAACAUCACCCCAGAAAUCAAGAAUGACAUAGAGAAUGCGAAGCAAAACCUCAACAUAAUGGUCGAAGACCUGGAUAUCAAAGUCAUGGUCUUUCAUCACUUUGGGAAAGGCUUCCCCAAGUCAGAGAAGAUAAGCCCUGAUGCUUUUAUCCAGCUGGCCUUGCAGCUGGCCUACUACAGGAUGUACGGCCACGCCUGUGCCACGUACGAGAGCGCGUCGCUGAGGAUGUUCCGCCUGGGCCGCACCGACACCAUCCGCUCCACCUCCGUGGACUCCCUCAAGUUUGUGCAAUCCAUGGACAGCCCUGACAAAUCGGACCAGGAGAAAGCAGACCUGCUGAGGAGAGCCACAAAGGCCCACAGGGAAUACACAGACAUGGCCAUACGGGGCAAUGCCAUAGACCGGCACCUCCUCGGCCUGAAGCUCCAGGCUAUUGAGGAUCUCGUGAGCAUGCCAGAGCUGUUCAUGGACACAGCCUAUGCUGUUGCAAUGCACUUCAAUCUCUCAACCAGCCAGGUCCCAGCAAAGACAGACUGCGUGAUGUGUUUUGGUCCCGUGGUUCCAGAUGGCUAUGGAAUCUGUUACAACCCCAUGGAAGAACACAUCAACUUUGCAAUUUCAGCCUUCAACAGCUGUGCCGACACCAACGCCGCCCGCAUGGCACAUUAUCUCGAGAAGGCACUGCUAGACAUGAGGAUCUUGCUCCAGGCUGCUCCCAAAUCCAAACUGUAAGAGGCAAACAUGAUGCAAACCCCCCCUAGUUAAAGGGGCUAUGCCUCAUGCGCUGAAGUUCCCAAUUCCUCAGACAAUAAUUGAGAGAACAGCUGCCCCUGGAACCCAGGAAGGCUUCUAUCAUUUGCUUUCAUCAAGAGGUUACACAACAGUCACCCGCAGAUAGCAGACUCUGUAGUGAAAGGAAACAGUCUCAAGCCAAAGUAGAACUGACUGGUCCUCUCCCGUCAAUGCAAAGUGCACCUUCCUGUCCUCAAAGAGGACUCAAAUAUGAUUUUUACAAAACUUACUAUAAAGGAAUACAGAAAGCACAGUCCUUACCAGUAUCUAAAUCCAUUUGGUGAGGAAGGUAGUUCUCCAGGAAAAGCAGGGAAUGUUUAUUGUGUGAUGCAACUACUAAGUCUUCCGAAGAGCGUCUUUCAAACUUGACUGAAGGUUUUUCUGCUGCUCCAGCAAAACUUCACCACUGAACUUUGGCAAGGGGAGAAAGAAGUUAAGCCAGAGCAGAUCCAGCCUUGUUAGAGUGCACUGCACUACUAAUCCCAGGCACUCCAACCAGUAUCUGCUUUACAGGAACAUUCCCUUCCCUUCAUUUUAGGACACUGGGAUCUCCCUUCUGUUGCACUGACCUUAUUAACAACAGAACAUGACUCGCUGCAAACUAAGGUGUUUUUUAUUGGUGGUUUUGUUGUUGUUGCUCUGGGCUGUUUGUUAAGCUUGCUGCUGUGGUCCUGCCAUUGAUCUUCCAGCUCAGCCUAAAGCUUUUUCCCCCACAAAGCUUCUAUGAAACUCCUCUCACAUAGGUUUUGCCAGCUUUGGCUUCACAUCUGCAGAGAUGAGAAGAGAUUGUCUAUGCAUUCAGCAGGACACUUGCUAAGCUUUGUACCUUUCUUUGGAACUGAGGAAAGGAAAAAGAUGCUGACUCUGCCUACCAGCCAUAAGGCCACGUGCCUCAUCUCCUUCAGGACUCACAUGUUUAUACCUUGCUUUCAGAAACAGCCUUUUUGUGCACACUGUUAUGCCUGAGCUGUGGACAAAUAAGGACAUUUCUGAUCAGGAACUCCAAACAUUCUUCCAUUUCUGGCCCACAGAGUUAAAAUCUGUUAAGGGCCAAAGGAAAAACAGCUGCAGAAUCACCCUUCUUUCACAACACUCGGCUUUUAACAAGGCAGAAAAUCUUGAAAAGCAGGAAGCUGGGAACACGUGGACACUGUAGAUGUUUGUGCACUGUGGCAGCCACUGUUCCUGCAGUAUCAGCACCUUUCCUGCCACUCUUGGGAGUUAUUUCUUACUGAAAUAUUACUCCAAUUUGUGUCAGCUUUAUUCUGUAAGAGAAUGAUCUCAUGAUCACGUUUUCGUGUUCGGCUGACAAACUUGAGACAGUAAAAGAUGAUAUAUAAACAUUAACAUACAAUGGUAGCAUAGGAACUACCUCCAACCAAUCCUGCCAGAAUCCAAGUCCCUGACUACACUUUCAUUUAGUAAAAUUGUAUGGUAGUAAGGAAUUCUAGUGCUGUGUCUGCAACAGGAAUUCUGUAUUUAAAUUGCACACCCUUCAAGAUAUGUCUGCUGGGACAUCAUCAUAGACAAGAAGCAUUAGGAGUGUGAGGGCCUGUUUUUUUAACAGGGAAAUAAUUGCAAGGGACAUGAUCAAAGUGCCUUGGUGAACAAAAAUGAAGAAAUUUGCACUAAAUGCUUUGGCAUUUUUUUCCUGAAAGGAUGUUAUUUCAAAGCUUCUAUCUUAUACUUAAACCUUAAAGAAGAAAAUUUAACUGAAACUCACCUGCACAGCCAGUGAUUGUAUAAACUGUCACUUUUACAUCAUCUACAUGGGUUUAGUUGAUCUUUUAGAAGAAUCCUGAAUGGAGUGAGACAGCCUCAAGACACGAAUAGGAGCACUACAAACCUGCAAGCACACACCUCUCUGCUCUGUCAACUCCUCUGUAUCAAUCAGACAGAAAACUGCAAGAGGAUAACUCAGUAUUAUCAAACUCUAAGUGACUGUGUAAAUAACUAAAGAAAAGAUCAAACCUUACCGGAAUUACAUCUGGUUUUAUGGAGCCUUUCACGUGGUAAAAAUACUCUUUUGCCAAAGUAAUCCUGCCCCCAUACUGAAUCAGCCUCUGUUGCCAGGGGAUGAGUUAUUUUUCCAUGUCUGCAAUGCCUUCAAGCACAAGUAGUGCCACUGAAGUAUUUGAGACUGGCCCUUUUCACUUCUGUCUCAAAGGGGGAAGGCUCUCCAAGGAAAGUGCCUAUUAAAGAUUAAGCAUAAGCAUGUGCUGCUGUGACUGUACCUCAGAAGAUGGGAUUGAUCUAUCCUGGAUCUAAAUCUGGAUAUCCCACUAGCUUCAGCAGAGUGCAGCUGCAAGGAGCAGACUGUCCCACUGAAAGAGAUACAAGAUUCAUAACCCACUUAAUGCAUCCUUACUGAUACACAGAGCUGAAAUUCUGAUGAAUGAAGCUGAUUUUUGGAGUGCUUGAAAGGACACUGCUAAAAUCAUUACAAGGUUUUUCCUUUAAAAAGUCUUUUCUUAUUGUACAAGUUCUAAAAUGUGAUGUCCUUCUGGUUCAUACCCUUUACAUUUUUUCAGUGUUGACUUAAAACUGUUCUCCCUGUUUCUGAUUGUUUUAUCAAGAGAUUGUCUUAAAGGCAAACAAGGUACAAGAAACUAAAGCUCCAGAAAAGCUACCAAUUUGGAACAAAUCAUUUAAGGAAUUCACAGACUGAAAACAUUCAGAUAAAUCUUGGGGUCUGAGUGCAAUUUCUGAUACAGCCUGGUAGUGUUGCAUGCUUUGCUGGUUAGCUGUGUUAAAAUCCUGUUUGGGUAAAGGGAUCCAUGUCAUGUAAAGUUUGGAACCGUUCGUUGAAUAAACUGAAACACAAUAAACAGAUAAGUGCUACAAAAAGGCUUAAAUCUCCUCAGACACUGCAGAAGUUACAUAACUGCCCUCAUUGGGAGGAUGUUUGUGUGGGGACAGCAAGAACAGUGAACCACAGCAUUCUGUCACCUUCCUUUUUAUUGUCUUAUCUCUAUCCAGCCCCCUGGAGUACAGGGGAGGAAUAGUAAGCAUCUGCUUGCAAAGCCACAUAUUCCAAAGAAAAUAUUCCAUUUCAGAAAACUAGUGGCAGGAGACUUCAUACAAGUGUAGGAUAAUAAGGCAGAGCUCAAAUCUUUUCCUGCACAGCACCAUUUAGUUAAGAAAAUCCAUGGAAUCACUAAGGAAUUUCUACUGUAUCAAGUAUUGCAAAGAUUUCUGAAAAGGUACAGCAAAAGUAGGCAGAAGAUGCAGAUUACAAACAACUCACAGAACAGAGGGGAGUUUAUUACAGUGUCUUACAAGAGCUCUUCUUCCUCUCCCUCACUCCUAAGAAUUAACUGUAGGAAGCUUGGGUUUGAAGGCAACAUGAAGUGGAACAGCUUUUUACACUACACUGCUCUGUGAGGAGAUGAACCCUCUUCCCUGUGCUCUAGUUCUCAAUAGGUGCUUCCAUAUAUAGUUUUUCCAGCAGUUUGUCAUAAGAGCUCGAGAGGCUGGGGAAGUGCUAAGCCACUCCUAAAACAAUCCUCUCUGUCAGCCCUGGCCUUGGGAAAGAGAGCUGUGAUCUCCAUUCUGGCUUUGUAAGUUCACUCACAAGAGACAGAAAGAGAAAAUAAACAGUUUUGAAAGACAUAAGCGAUUAGUACCAGUUUUCAGACUGAAACAUAUGGUACCAGCAUGUCACAGGGCCUGUCUGAUGUCCUGUCUCAUCCUAACAGAGCUGGUCUAAGUCAGAUCAAAUGUCCUUGUGAAAGCUGCAAGAUGCCUCUUUAUUAUGAUGCACCUUCAAAGCAGAUCCAGUGCUUGGGUCCUUCAGAUGUUACAGGAAUGCUUGUGUUAUGCAAAUACUAAACAGUUCUUAAAAAAAUAUAUAUAUACUUGAUGUAACAACUGACAACAGUUAAUUUACUACCCAUAGGUAUUUAAACACAGAAAUUUAAACAGCUUUCAUUCCUGAUCUCCUGGAUCAGGACCCUUUCUACAGUUAACACUCUGGUUGUCCAACAGCACCUCCCACUCCACAUGAACACAGAAACUCCUAGAGCAACAGGCACAGAUGAAAACUUAAAAAAAAAAAAAAAUAAGCAAGAUGAACAGAAAAAAACAUCUCACUUCAAGCAGCUUUAUAAUGCAGGAGUCUGAUUAAAGUGGAAAUAGUAAAACAGGCAGCAAGACCGAGAUGUGACAGUCAUUUUACCUCUGCUCACAUGACUGCAUCGAAGGCACACCGAUGACCUUUGAGCCAGUUCAGAAGCUGUCCUUUUAUCUGUGAAAGUUCAAGUCAAUUGUGCUUUGAAUAAAUACUUCUCUGUAGUUACACUUGAACUGCUGCAUUAUAUACUAGAAAUACAGAAAGUGUCCAUGCACAGCCCUGAAGCACUUGGAGUUUAGCCCUUGCCGGGUGAACUCAUGGGUCACAGAGGUCGGAGGCAUCACCAGCACACAGAGAUGGCAGGCACACUCCCACAGAGACACAGCAUCCAGAGAGCCCACUGGCCAGACGGAGAACCGGAAUGGAAGAAGGAUGGAAAGCAAAACUUGCUUGCAGGAGUUCAGCAUUCAAGGCUACAACUGCAGAACCCCCACCUAUCAAGCUACUGUGGUCCUAGCAGAGGCUCCUGCCAGUUACAAGUUCCCUACUUGGAGUUCACGGCUGGAUUCUAACAGGACUCUUCAAGGAAUAGUUCAGAGAGCAGCUGAGCUAGUUAUUAGUCAUUUGCCUUGUUCAUUUAUGGUUGUCACUGUGUUCAUUCCUAAAAAUCCCUCCCUUAAACUGUAACAGAAAAAAAAAUUAAAAAUCCAGUGCUUAAGACA